CGAGAAACCCGAUAAUAUUCAAGAACUAAUAAGUGCAAUAGUUUCAUAAACAACAUUAAAAAAGGAAAAAAAAAUGACAAAACCCACAAAUAGUUUUGCGGAAGCAGAGGAUGUAUCUUUGCCCAGCAGUGAUGAUGAAUCAAAUGAAGAGUCUGUCAUAGAAGACGAUAAUACAUGCACGCCGUUCGAGUUGGAACAGUAUUUCCAACAGAAAUAUGUGGUGCAUGAUGAAACGGCAGUAACAUUAAAGAAAACUUACAUACUUAGUUUGGCAAAAGAUGACUCUUUGACACGCUUGGCCGCUGGAUUAUCAGAUGGUUCGGUACAUCUGUUCGACAUAAGUUCCAAACAUGGUCUUAGCUAUUCUACACCGGAUUGUAUUGCGCCACCCUCCAUUGAUCUUACAAAUCGUUUUACUAUUUGUGGCGUACGCUUUGUGGAUGAAACGCCAAAUUUGUUAUUGGUCGGCACAACAAAUGGUUUGGUACGUCUUUUCGAUUUGCGCACCCAAGGUGAAGUGGGACGUUUUCAAAAUAGUGCAGAGACUGAGGCAGAAGCCGCAUCUAUGCCCAAGAACAUAAUUUGUUUCGAUCGUAAUUCAAAUAGUCGUGUAUUGUGUGUUGGCACCGAACAACAUCAUAACAAUGCAUUUUUGUUAUUCUACGAUAUGCGCGAACGUAAACAAAUGGGUGGUUAUUUUGAUAGUCAUCAAGAUGAUGUAACCACUAUGCGUUUUCAUCCACAAAAUCCCGAUCUGUUGUGUUCGGGCUCUACCGAUGGCUUGAUCAAUAUUUUUGAUUUACAAAAAACUGAUGAGGAUGAUGCCCUACUGACGACCCUUAAUACAGAAAGUAGUGUGCAUAAAGUAAAUUGGCAUAAAAAUGUCUACGACAAAGAUAUAAUUUCAUGCAUCACACACACUAAUGACUUUAAAUUGUACGAAUGUGAAGAAGGCGAUUUGAUAGCUGAAUUUGAAAGAGCUAAAAUUACCGAAACCAUAAAACGUAAGGCUGCAGCAAAUUGCAACCUUAUUGAUUGCCACAAUAUGGCCGACGGUGGAGUUUUCUUGUUGACUGGUUCGAAUUUAAACAAAGGUGAAACAAUGCGCUCUCUGAUGGUACAGAAUAAACAAUUAUUGCCAGGUGUUGAUUUCCAAGGCAACAAACAAAUUGUGCGCGAAAGUGUAUUUGAUGUAAAUUCAAACAUUUUAAUAACCGCUGGCGAAAGUGGUAUAGUUACACUGUGGUCACCACAAAUCACCUCCAAUUCGAGCAACAGCAACUUGAAGGCCAAAAAGAAGAAAUCUAAUAAAACAACACCUUAUUAGCAAAUGACAAACAAUAAUACAUAAUGAAUAAAUUAUUAAAAUCACUCCGGAAAAUGUAUACCGUUAUACCUAUAUACAUAUUUGUUUUACUACUAUAUCAGAAAAAUAUUUUAUUGUCAAUAAAUAAUUUAUAUAUAAUGAUAUUAACAUAAA